AUACUAAGCUACAUACUGCGCCCUCAAGAUGCAUCGAGAGGUUGACAGCACCAUUGCAUUCCGGAAUAUUUGGAUGAUUUGGACAAUUGUCGGGAUCAAUCCCCCGAAACGCUGGCGAUGCCUAUAUGCAGUAUAUUCGGUGUCAAUAAACUUCUUGGUGACCAUUUUCUGUCCCAUCUCGGCCAUGAUUGAGUUGUUGAGCUCAACUUCGGUGGAGAAGUUUAUGCGAAAUGUUGUCUAUCAUUCAGAAUUCGUGAUUAUUUCGGUGAAAUUUUUCACUCUGUCUCGCUGUCUGUCCACUUUCCGAGCGACCAAUUCAAUGAUUUCGCUCCUGGAUGCCAAUCUAGAAACGCAGGACCAGAAAAUCAGGAUUCAAAAAAUGGCAGCGCAAAGCAAUCGAUUCUUCAGGAUCUACUUUGCAUCGUUCAAUUUUGUGGUAGUUUUGAAUUUUCUGAGUGUGGUAUUCGCUGGGGAGAAGCAGCUAUUUUGCGAUUUGUGGUUUCCCUUCGAUUGGAAGAAGUCAGAUGGAGUCUACUGGGCGACCUUGGGGUAUCACACAUUAUCCAUGUACAUGCUAUCCGUGAUAGCGGUGGCGAAUGAUUACUACGCGCCCUUGUACUUCAUGAUUCUAAUUGAACAUUUUCAAAACUUAGUCGACCAAAUGAAGUCAAUUGGCUGGAAUUCCAGUCGAAGUGGGGCACGAUGUGGUUUUCCUUCGUCCCGGAAGGAGCUAAUAAAGUGCAUGAAGCAACACGAAGUUAUCAUGAGGAUAUUCCGCACCUUAAAGCCAGUGAUAUCCAGGACGAUGUUUUUGCAGUAUCUUAUCACCGCUCUGGGAUUGGGUCUGACAGUAAUUAAUAUCAUGUACUUCGCGGAGAAUUCAGUUGAGAUUGCUUUGUUUUCGAUAAUCAAUCUGGGGAUACUUCUCAAGUUUCUGCCAUGCUGCUUCCUUGGGGACAGGCUUGCUGAGAUAAAUCGGGGAACGAUAACCGCUUUGUAUUCGUCGAAUUGGAUUGAUCAGUCGGAAGAGUUCAAGAAAACGCUGAUAACUUUCAUGGAGUUGAAUAAGAAGGAAAAAUAUUUUUAUGCUGGAAGCUUAUUUCGAUUGAAUAUGUCGACAUUUUUAGCGAUUGUAAAGUUCGCCUAUUCAUUGGCCACGUUUCUUAACAAUAUGAAGUAAGAGUGUAACGAACAUUUAUCUUAACACAUAUUGCAGGGGUUACGUGUCCUAUUUAGUCCUUUGUGGGGCAUAAAGUAUCUACGAGGCCUCUUCGCGUUUACUCUUCGUUCUAUAAUCAACUUUUGCAUUAGACUGUGUUGUAGUUUUAUUAUAACCACACAAAAUCCUGUACAAGUGAUAAGUUUCCGGUAGCGGGACUAGCACAAAGGUAAAUCCAAACAUCCAUGACACAAUCUGGAUUCGAACCCGGUACACGAGAUCGAGGGUUUUACGACAAAUUUAAAUGGUGUAGAAUGUAUAAUGUCAAAUAAAAAUUGAGU